AUUGCCGAAGGAAUCAACAAAACAAAAGGUUAGGAAAGUAAGGAAGCUGCAGCUUCGCGAAGGCGAUCCAUACACAGACACAGUUCAAUUUAGCUGGAACUUUCAUCAAAAUUCAAUCUCUAAUUAUUUGGUUAAUAAACAGAAGAAAAAGGAGGGACAAGCUCCAGGGAGAUUGAGAAAUGGAUUUAAUGGAGCUGUGGGCGAUCUUCGGUCCCGGAGUCGCAGGCGCCGUUUUCGGGGCUGGCUGGUGGUUCUGGAUUGACGCCGUCGUUUGCAGUUCUGUCAAAGUCUCUUUUGUUCAUUACCUUCCUGGAAUUUUUGCAUCUAUAGCAGCUCUGAUGUUUAAUUGUGUUAGGAAAGAGGAUAUUGAUUAUUCUCCAUAUGAAGAAGGCGAGUGGAGAUUGAAGCUUUGGCUUUUCUUUGCAUAUGUUGUAUCCUUUGUUUCUCUAGCAGCAUCAGUGGGCUUAUUAAUACAGGAUUCAAUUGUUAAAACUGGGCCUUCAGUGUGGACAGGAACUGCUGGUGUCUUACAAUGUGUGUUUGUGUUGAUCAGUGGGCUGAUGUAUUGGACUUCACACUCGGAAUAAGUUGUGCCGAAUCACUAUAUAUGGUUUCUGGAGCUUGGAACUGCAUGUAUCUUUUACUUGCCAAAUCAAUGGGAUGAAGUCGCCUUUUGUACAUGUUUAUGCUAUGCUAACAAUCUUGAGCGUCAGUAGUAAACCCAUGCAAAUGUUUGCAUUUAUGAUGGUUAUUUAUCAUUAUGGUUUAUUUGUUAUUUUGCCGUCAUUUAUUUUAUUCUAUGCUUCAUUGUGCAAUGAAGCAUAUCCCUUACCCAA